CAUACUUAUUUUUCUUACGUUACGCGUUGCAAAAAAUAGAGAGCUUCGAGACAAAAUCGCCCAACACCUCCGAUCCGAUUCUGCCGUAAUCAUCGGAUCUUUCUUCAACCACCGUCUACCGCCAUUCAUUGCCACCGUCACCGCCGGAACCUUUUAUGCUUAUGAAAUUGUGAAUCGAUGAAUAGGGCUCGAGCUUUCAAGUAAUAUGGCAUGAACUUCAUGUUCUUCUAUCCUUGAAGGUUGAUCUAACUUAAACAGGAUAAGGAUGUUUUCGUUAUUUUAUGGACUUUGGCAGUUCAUGUUCAGCAAGUUAGAGCUUCGUGUACUCAUUUUAGGGAUUGACAAGGCCGGCAAAACGACUUUACUUGAGAAGAUAAAGUCAGUGUACACGAACGUAGAAGGUCUUCCUCCUGAUCGAAUUGUUCCAACUGUGGGAUUGAAUAUUGGUCGAAUUGAAGUGGCAAAUAGAAAACUUGUGUUCUGGGACCUGGGAGGUCAGCUUGGUCUUCGCUCAAUCUGGGAGAAAUAUUAUGAAGAGGCACACGCUGUUGUAUUUGUUAUAGAUGCAUCUUGUCCUUCACGAUUUGAAGAUGCAAAGUCUGCACUUGAAAAGGUGCUUCGACAUGAGGAUCUCAAAGGAGCCCCUCUUUUGAUAUUAGCAAACAAGCAAGAUCUUCCUGAAGCAGUAUCAUCUGAAGAACUAGCUCGGUAUCUAGAUUUAAAGAAGCUGGACGAAAGAGUCUACAUGUUUGAAGCCGUGUCAGCAUAUGAUGGGCUGGGGAUCAGGGAAAGUGCAGAAUGGCUUGUGGAAGUGAUGGAACGAAGCAAGAGGACUGAAAUGUUGAGAUUGCGGGCAGGUGCAAUGGGUCCAGGUCCUGCCUAGAGGUCCUGACAUGACAUCAAACUAAAACGACUACUCCAUUCAUUUAUAGAUUUGUAUAUCCAAAAUGAUUAGAAGUCAUUAAGAAGAAAAAGGAGACAAACAACUUCGUGCUACAUUAAACUGAGCCUUGAAAUUAUGUCAGUCUUUGUAAUUCAGCUGUUUCAUACGAGGCUCAGUCUCCGGUAUCGCGUAAAGCAAGUUUUCUUCUGACAUGCCCUUUAUAAUCAAUCCAUCAAGUGCUUGGACUGGAGGGUUUUCUGCUUCUGCCUUCUUCCAUCCUUUUGUCAAUUCUAGAUUUAAAUUCCCUAUUUGAAUAAAUUUAAUUUACUUUCCUUUCUAUAGCAUUAUAUGUACACUGCACUGCCAUACAGAUUCAUGUAGUGAUGUGGUAUUGUGUAAUAUACAAGUUCUGAAGUAGUUAAACUUGUUGUGUAGCUGAACUUUUGUGAAAGGAGUCCGAUUAGGUGAUCUACUUAUGUUUGAUUAUUAUUUUUACAGUAAAAAAUAUUGAUUUCCAUGUAUGCUUAAGGGAAAAAAUUACAUUUAGUUUAACCCUCUAUCAAGGAG